UAUAUUUUUUAUAGAAUCGUUCUGAAACACCCUAUGUAAUAGCUCAACGAAAAGUGGUAAAUACUCUUGAAAGUAAAAAUGUGCCAAAUUGGCAGAAAAGCGCUUGGAAAUUUAUAAAAACCCAAUUGCAGUGUAGCAAUGGCCAUUGCUGUGGCGGAAACAGUAGCAACAAGUACAGUAAAAAACAUUACCAAAUCGAAAAGUGAAAGAGAAGUGAUAUUUUAACAAAAAACAACAAAAAAAGUAUUUCAAAAACAAAAAUCAAUAUGAGCCAAAGAACUUUCGCACGUUUAUUAGUGUUAUUUUUGCUAAUGCACUUGCAACUAUUACACGCGGCACCGUCACACUCCAGCAACGACAUCGAUUACAAUGACAGCAGCAGCGCAAGCGGCAAUGGCGGUGCCGGAAAUGCGUUGGGCAAUCUCUUCCGAGGCAACAACAAUUCGCAAAUGGAUUACAACAUGAUGUUUACACAUGUGAAGGAUUUCUUCAUGUAUUUGCCGGUGAUGAUGACGACGCUUAGGGAAUCCAUGUCCGGUUUCCCGAAGUUCGCGGAAGGCAUACGCAUACUGACGUCGAAAAAUGGUCGCUUAGAAGGUGCAGACUGUAAUUGUGAGAAGAACAGCAAUGAAAUUGAUAGCCGACAAUUUGGUUGAUUGUUCCAGGUCCGUAUAGUGAUGAAAGCACAUGAUGAGGAGUUUAAUUGGACGAAAGCUCUUAUGGCGAAUAAAAGCACGCUGACGCUGUUGUAUUGAAUAUUUCACUUUUUUAUGGAUUUUUAUCAUACUUAGUUUCGUUAUUUGCUCUUGUGGCGUCUUUCUUAAGUAAGCACUUGUAAUUAAUAUAGUUAAACGUGUAAAUAGUAAAAUCUGUGAACUUUUUCAUGACCCAAGAAUACUGUGUUUUUAUAACCUUUCAUCGUAUUUAUCAAAAGUAUUCAAUCAGUUCGCGUUUCGUGGUCACAAAAGCUUACAAAAAUGAGUCGCAGAUAAAGUAGCGAUGACGCCACGCUGAUAAGUGGUACACGACUCCUCGUUAAACGUGCCCAUGUUGACUCCUUUUUUUGUGCAAUGGUUCGUAGGUUUCACGGUUGUCACUGAAAUUAUAG